AUGGGUGAUGUUUCUGAUCUUUAUUUGAUUACAGGAAACAAAGGGGCGGGUAGGACACCACUGAAUUGGGAAGUAAGAUCAGGCAUUGCACUUGGUGCUGCCCGUGGCAUUGAGUACCUCCAUUCACGAGGGCCUAAUGUUUCUCAUGGAAAUAUAAAGUCAUCCAACAUUCUCUUAACCAAAUCAUAUGAUGCCAGAGUGUCUGACUUUGGCCUCGCACACCUUGUUGGCCCCUCCUCUACCCCCAACCGGGUCGCUGGGUACCGUGCACCUGAGGUGACUGAUCCUCGCAAGGUGUCUCAGAAGGCAGAUGUGUACAGUUUUGGUGUAUUGCUCUUGGAACUUCUGACUGGAAAGGCACCUACUCAUGCUCUUCUAAAUGAGGAAGGAGUGGACCUUCCCAGAUGGGUUCAAUCUGUGGUAAGGGAAGAGUGGACUUCUGAGGUCUUUGAUCUCGAGCUUCUUAGGUAUCAGAAUGUGGAAGAGGAGAUGGUUCAGUUGUUGCAACUUGCAGUUGAUUGUGCAGCACAAUACCCUGACAAGCGCCCUUCAAUGUCUGAAGUGGUAAGGAGCAUAGAAGAGUUGCGAAGGUCUAGCUUGAAAGAGGACCAGGACCAAAUCCAACAUGAUUCCGUCAAUGAUAUAGAAUUAUAA